AGACGGGACUCUUCAUGCGGCGGGCUGGUAACUGAAGUGGACCGUCAUGGACAGGAUGGCCGUGGUGAAGGUCGGAGCCGCGGCCAGCGCCAGCGUCUGUGUUCUGGUCGGUGGCCUUGCACUGACCCAAUACGUCGUCGCCAAGAAGAAGCGAGCUGGGAAGAAAACUAAGAUCAUAGAAAUGAUGCCUCAGUUUGAGAAACCAACCGUUCACAUGAGGGACCCUGAGAGGGUGGAGCAGAUCAUCUGUGGCCUCAUCAAAGGAGGAGCUUCCAAACUGCAGAUCAUCACAGACUUUGACAUGACGAUAAGCAAAUUCGCCAUCAAUGGCAAACGCUGCCCGACUUGUCACAAUAUCAUCGACAACUGCAAACUGGUAACAGAGGAGUGCAGGCAGAAGCUGCUGCAGCUGAAACAUAAAUAUUAUCCCAUUGAGAUUGACCCACACCUUACAAUGGAAGAGAAAUUUCCUUUUAUGGUGGAAUGGUACUUUAAGUCUCACUCGCUACUUGUGGAGCAGCGUCUUGAGAAAGACAAACUGCCAGAGGUGGUGAGGGAGUCUGAUGUUGCACUCAGAGAGGGUUACGAGCAGUUCUUCGAUUGCCUGCAUCAGCACAACGUGCCUGUCUUCAUCUUCUCUGCUGGUCUUGGAGAUGUCCUUGAGGAAAUCAUGCGCCAGUCUGCAGUUUAUCACCCCAACAUCAAGGUUGUUUCCAACUUCAUGGACUUUGAUGACAAUGGCGUCCUGAAGGGAUUCAAGGGUGAGCUGAUCCACGUGUACAACAAACACGACGGUGCCCUGCGAAACACAGAGUACUUCAAACAGCUGAGGGAUAACAGCAACAUCAUUCUGCUGGGCGACUCCAUGGGAGACCUCAGCAUGGCCGAUGGUGUCCCUAAUGUAGAGAACCUCCUCAAGAUCGGAUUUCUCAACGACAAGGUGGAAGAACGCCUGGACAAAUAUUUGGACUCUUAUGACAUUGUUCUCGUGAAAGACGAGACUCUGGAAGUGCCCAAUGCCAUUCUUCAGAAGGUUUUAUAACUCCGUGCUUCCGUUCAUCACACCAACAUCCCAUUCAGUUCUCUCUCUCUCUCUCUCUCUCUCUCUCUCUCUCUCUCUCUCUCCUCUCAUCAUCUUCCCUUCAGUGUUGGGCCAGUCAGACUCUGUUACCAGCAUUUCUUUAUUUUUUUUCUUUUUAAUUUUCUGCCCUCAGUCUGCGGCCCCACUCAGCACUACUGUGUACCGACCUUUUUUAAAAAGACAUUUUACUUCACCUGAAUGAACUGUUUAAAGGUCCUUCACAGCAGCAAUAUCUUGUCUCUGACAUCUGUUUUCUUUCUAGUCAUUUAUGAUAUAACAAUUUUGGAGAAAAAGAAAAAAAAACUUUCACUCCAUCUUAAUAAUUUGCACAUUAUUGUCAUCAUCAUUAUUCUUAGAAGCUUUUUUAUUUUAUUAUAUAUUUGUAGACAAUAAUCCAGGUGCCCACAAGAUAAUUGAUCUUUUUACAGUUACUAAUGCGUAAAAUAUAAACACUGUUUAGAUUAAGUGUAUUUCAGCCAACUGGAAGUAGGCAUGAAUAUAUUUAGACCACAAUGCAUCAAAAAAUAGAAACACUGAGUAUAUGCAUAAGUAACUGUAAUAAAGUCAUUACUGUUUUUUGGCUCCAUCCCAAUGUGCCAGUCACUUCAAUAACUUCAAUUGUGUUACUGAAGUACUUAAUAUCCAUCUGGUCAAUGUUUAAAGUGAGAUAUUAUUAUUGGACUCUGUUUAUAUCUUUAAAGUUUGUAAUUUAUAAGAAUUUAUGUCACAUAAAGGACCUUUUUAAAAAAGGUAUUUACGAGAAAAAGUUUAAAUGUCUUGCUCUGUGUCUGCGGCAACAUGAUUACAACAAACAGAGCUGGUAAAAAAACAAUAAAAUAACAGGAUUAAGGUUGUCAUUGUGGAAAAUCCACAAAAAUCACAACCAAAGAGUAAAAAAAAUGCACUUUAAAUUCUUUAUUAUCAGAAAGUUUAUUCUGUGCGAAAGCAUGUGCGGCUCUAGUUUGGGUUUGUGAAUGUAGGAAAAGUAAGUUUCUUGCACAAAAAAAAUGCCAUGUUUACAUAAAUUUAUUUUUUAACUUUAAUGUGCUCAUUUGAUAUCAUUUUUACCCAAAAAGGAGUAAAAAGAAGUUAUUUAUUUUACAAAGAUUUAGAAAUAUUUAUGGCAAGAUACCACAUUUAAAUGAUAAUCUCAGCACACCUCACUUAAAAAAGCAUCCCACAAACUUGUGUUAAAGUUAGAUAUUAAUGCUGAAGUUGACAUCUAGUGGUUUGUAUGGGGAACUACAGCAGUAAAAUACAGAAUGAUGCCUUCAGUUCAUCUUGUAAAUAAAAAUUCCACAAUAAAUAAAGUAUUUCACAGUUUCGGUAAACAGAGGUAAAUGCAUUGCUGUUUUUUUGGCUCCAUAAAACCCAGCAUAAAACUUGUUUAAAAUGUGUUUUCAUAUUUUUUUGGGCUGUGGUUAAACUUGAGCACUACCUCUAUAAAUAUAUUUUUUGAGAGGUUUAAUCUAAAAUGUGUCAGUUUCUAUCAACAUGCUGUGUUGUCAUUUUUUUUUUGAAUUUGUGUUCUUAAUGUGCUGCUAUCAUCUGCAUGUUGCCUUUUCUUUUUGUGAAGUUUAUGUCAGAGAAAUGGGAGAUUCAAGACCCUUUAUAUAUAUCAACAAAAUGGGAAUAAUGUCAUACUGUAUAUGGAGUUAUAUGAAAAUGUAUUUUGCUUUACAUUUGAAGUAUUUUCAAAGUUUUGAUUGGUUUGUUUUAUUUUUAUAAGCAGAUUGCUUCAUUAGAUUGUGUGAAUACAACAUGCAAUAAUAAAAACAGUUUUGUGACAUCAUGUGUGCAUCACAAACUGGAUUGUUACCCAAAA